AUGCCAUCGCCUCACGCCAAUGCUCAUGCGCAUCACACCGGCUCCGUCUCUGCUGCCUCAAACACCUCCCUUCCCCAAUCCGCCUUCAACUUCCACCUCAACUCCUCCUCGGCCUCCUUCUCGAACUCAACCUUCAACUCCGUCUCGAACCCCGCCUCCCGCUCCACCACUCCCGCCUCCCAGCUCACCGUCGGCUCCCGGAAACCAUCGCAGUUUAACCCCCAUCAGCACCAGCCUCUGCCGCCGCCGCCGCAGCAACACCACUACCACCACCAGCCCUACUACGAUCCCUCGGUCCAUGUUUCGAGGCCUGUCUACGGCUCGGCCCAGUACAAUCCCACCAGGCCCUCGCACAUCGCCAACAGCGCCUCCCACAUAUCCUCUGCGGUCAAUCUGACCCCGUCCUUCUCCUCCGCCUCCCUCCCACGGACCUCCUCGCUGCUGCCGCCUCCGAGCCUCACCGUCGACCAGUCCAGCUGGAACCAGCCCGCCCUCCACGACCCCUUCUCAAAUGCUUCCGCCGCCGUACCCGUCCCCGCCGACCCGGUGACCGACCGCGAGUUCGACGACUCCGUCUCGCCAAAGAACACUCGCCGGCACCACUCCAAGUCCCACUCGCGAUCCAGUAGUCUGGGCGGUCUGAGCGACGGCUUUCGGAACCUCAAUAGAUGGUCCAUCUCCACCUCCUCUAGUCGUGCAUCUAACCCGGCCUCUGCGAAGCGCUUCUCCCGCCGCAUGAGCAUUGAUUCCACCGCGCUCUUCUCGCAGUCCUCCUCUGCCGCCUCGCCAAGACGACUGCACAAGAACCGCCCCUCGACCGCCGGCGGGUCUCCCGAGGACCUCCACCAGCAGCAGCCCGCGGUGCCCCCGCUGACUACCCUGCCCCCCAUCGUGCAACUGCCCUCCCUGUCACAGGACGACCUGGUCGGGGCCGCCUUGUCAGGCCGGGACCCGAGACCAGAGCGCGCCACAUACUUCCCCGGGCCAGGUGCUGAGAGCGAGUCUGGUACUUUCUGGGAUGAUUCUUCGAGAGCCGGCGAGACUUCAUACCUGUCGACCUCCCCGCGCGCCACCCCUGACCCCUCCCUGCCGACUUCUACCUUCAGCCGGGACGCCACCAUGCCACACACCGAGGAUGGCGCUGCAUACCGUGAAAAGGGACACUCGAGGAGCCGGUCCCAGGGGCUCAAGAGCAGCACGGAUUCUACCUCGUCGCAGAGGAACCCCAGCCGUUCGAAGCAGCCGUCGCAGAAAGCCAUGCUCUCCAAGGCGUUGCAAAAGGCCAACAGCGCCGUCCAACUCGACAAUGCCCAGAAUUUCCAGGGCGCGCGCUCGGCCUAUCGGGAAGCAUGCGACCUGCUGCACCAGGUCCUACUGCGGACGGCGGGCGACGAGGACAAGAAGAAGCUCGAGGCCAUUCGCAAGACUUAUGCCAGCCGCAUCGAAGAGCUAGACCAGAUGCUCCCCGACGACGAGCAAGACAGCAAGGCACUCCCUCAGAGGCCGACAAGCAACAGUACAACCUCAACAUCCCAGGUUGCCGGGCGCGCGAGGAAUGGCUCAGUGGCCACUGCGGACGACCAACCCCAGAGGUUACGGUCGGAUUCGGAGAGGAGCCAGCCCAGCCAGCGGCCGGUGCCCAACUACGCAAGACCAACAUCAGCUGCGUGGAGACCUCAACACAGCCCAAAACCGUCAUUGGACGGCUCGCGCUAUGUGACGCCAACGCCGACAAACUUCAGCGAGCCGUAUACGCGCUCCCAGUCCGCCUUCUCUCAGAGCUCCCCCCAAAGAGACCGCACGACGCAUCCAGAGACGUUCCUGGCCCGACCGAUGGAAGAUGAGUAUAAACCCCCACCUCUCUCCCCACGCAGGCCCAUAUCCCCUACCGCCAAGCUAGGGCCGGACGUUUCCAUCCGGGCCGACUUCUCAAGCGACAUGAACCGUCUCGCCCCGGCGCCGUCCUCGCAAAGAGGUCAUCAGCGUGGUAACAGCCACGAGUCAAUAUCUUGGCUUGACCCGAUAGACGAGUCGGCGGGCUCUUCAGCAUCGUCUGUGCACUCGAGGUCGUCCUCAAUGGGGAUCAGGAGGAAGCACAUCCGGUCGGCCAGUGGCGACACAGAGGCCGAGUUCGAUGCAGCUCUCGACGAUGCCAUUGAAGCGGCCUAUGACGACGGCUAUGAGUCCACGGAUCCCGCCCAGCGUGCCCUGAACCUCGAUCAUGUCAUCGACGAGGACGACGUCAUCGCGCAAGCCCUCAAGAAGGUCCAGCUAGCCAAGGAGCGGGUGCGGCAGUCUGAACUCGAGAUGCAGCGGCUUGCUAAUGACAGGGACCGUCGUAUGAAGGCGCUGCAGGAGGAAGAGCAAACACUGCCCGGGGGCUUCUACGACGGGGACGAUUCGGAUGACGAGGAACGUAUGCUCGAGGAGAUGACCACGGGCUACGCCAUCGAGAACUUCACGCUUGGGGACCAAUCAGCAAGAAACCGGCUACCUCGCGAGUCUGACUCCAGCGAGCUCACUUCGCGGACUUGGCACAGCUCUACCGUGUCGAACCCGCCCACUGCGAAUACCGUACUCUCGCCUGUGACAGAGAGCGCCACCGUGCCAUCGCUGUCAAAGAGCCAAGGCCCCAUCGCGCCGCCACCAUCACAGUCUUUGCCCAAACUCCCCCCCGGGCGCCCGCCGUCGUCAGGUGGCCGUGACAGUGUGCGCGACCGCCGGCUGUCCGGGACUAAUGCUAAACAGCUGAAGAUUGAGACCCAGAAGCUGGGGCCCAAGGUCCAGGAGCCAGCCACUGCGGGCCCAAUGAUGCAGAGCAAGGAAUCGCUCGCGGGUCAGCUCCCAAAGACGGCUGGCUUCGUUGGGCAGCAGAGGCAGACCCUUGGUGCCGCCCCAACGUCCGGCCCCGGCCAAGCCCGGUCCGCUUCGCAACUCCGUGGCCCGUCGCCGAUCCCCCCCGGCCUCGCGGCCCAGGGGCCACCGCCGACUCCGCCAGUGCCUGCUGGCUUCGAAGGACCUACUGAGGCCCGGGCCGAGUCGCCGGCCGUGUCUCGGCCCCCGGCCCUGCGCAAGAACUUUUCCUCAAACUCCUUGAAGAGCAUGAAGACCCGCAACCUCUCCAUUACCAACAUCGAAGAGUACUCGGACGUGUCUCCUGGCACGCCGCUGUCCAAUCAGUUCGGAAGCACCCCAGCGGCGCGCCUGCCCGCGCUGCCGUCGCUCCCCACGCCGGUGGCGGCUGCGUUCAGGGACCGCGUAACGUCAGGAUCAGCGGCUGGUGGCUUCCACCUGUUCGAUAAUGACAUCCACUCCCCAGCAUCGCCUGGCGAGCCGAACGCCCCAUCCGAGGAUGCGCCGCUACCUCUCGAGCCGUGCCCGACGGACGUGAUGCUCCGGCCGUUCUGGCUCAUGCGCGCACUGUACCAGACGCUCGCUCACCCCAAGGGAGGGUACAUCAGCAACAAGCUCUUUGUGCCGAGGGACGCGUGGCGGGUCAAGGGUGUCAAGAUCAGGGGGAUGGAGGAGAAGACUAGCCAGUGCGAUCUUCUCACGGCUGCUCUCCAGAAGCUGGCGCGGGUGGACUCGGAGGACGCCGACGCGCUGUUGGAAGAGAUGCAGAGCUUCGAAAACGUCCUUGAGCAGGCCCAGGUGUUCCUGACCCGACGGCUUGGCAACGAGGUCGGCGUCCAGGGCGCAGGCACGAUGUUCAGGGACGCGGACGGGGUCGUCGAGUCGGACGGCAAGCCAGUUCCCCGGAACAAUUCUGUGAGCGCCAAGGGGGCGUUCAGCUGGCGGCGGCUGCGAAGCAAGACGAGCUCGACCGGGCUGGGGAGCGCGUACGAGCGCGGCGGGGCCAGGAAGGAAAUGACACCUGCGGGCGGAGUGGAGGCCAUGUCACUGGCGACACUGCCCAUGACGAACCACCCUACCUCUAAGCCGGGUAAGAGGGACGCGAUGGGCGUGCAGUUCAGUGGGCCAAACGCUCAUUACAUGGCUGCGUUGGCGCGCUUGUUUGACGCUGCGCAGACCAUCGACCAAAUCGCUCGCCAGGUGGAAGACCCAGGCCUCCGACACGCCGACAAGACGCAGGUCGGGCUCGAGCUCUGCACUAGGCACGCUGCCGAGUUCUUUGCCUUCUACAUCUGCCGGUUUGUCCUGCAGGAUCUGACCAUGUUGCUGGACAAGUUCAUCAAGAGGGGUAGGCUGUGCACGCCGAGGUCCUACGCUACCGCGUCGUCAUCUCCCUCGUCUGCCUCGACCUCGGCCUCGGCGUCCAGGAAGGGGCAAACCGACCUCGAGAAGCGCAUCGCCGCCAUCCCGCUCGAACGCUUCCGCAACUUCUGCGUGAUUGCGCACAUCGACCAUGGGAAGUCCACCCUCAGCGACCGGCUCCUCGAGCUGACGGGCACCAUCUCCAAGGACGACGAGAACAAGCAGAUCCUCGACAAGCUGGACGUCGAGCGCGAGCGGGGCAUCACGGUCAAGGCGCAGACAUGCACCAUGAUCUACAAGCACAGGGGCCAGGACUACCUGCUGCACCUCGUGGACACCCCGGGCCAUGUCGACUUCCGCGCCGAGGUGACACGGUCAUAUGCCUCGUGCGGCGGCGCGCUGCUGCUGGUGGACGCGUCCCAAGGCAUCCAGGCCCAGACCGUCGCCAACUUCUACACGGCAUUUGCGCAGGAGCUGGUCAUGGUGCCCGUGGUGAACAAGAUCGACCUGCCGACUGCUGACGUCGAUAGGGCCGUGUCGCAGCUAAAGGACACCUUCGAGAUAGGGGCCGAGGACCACGAGGGUGGCGCACCCGUCCUGGUGUCCGCCAAGAGCGGCAAGAAUGUGGAAGCCAUCUUGCCGGCCGUGGUCGAGAGGAUCCCACACCCACAAGGAGACAGCAGUCGCCCUCUGCGGCUGCUACUGGUGGACUCGUGGUACGACACCUUCAGGGGCGUCAACUUGCUGGUCAGGCUCUUCGACGGCACAAUCAAGGCCGGAGACCAAAUUGUGUCGCUGGCGACCGGGAAGAAAUACACGGUUGGCGAGGUCGGCAUCCACUACCCACACCAAGUCCCACAGACGGUCCUGCGGGCGGGCCAGGUCGGGUACAUCCUGUUCAACCCGGGCAUGAAGCGCAUCCAGGACGCCAAGAUCGGGGACACCUUCACGACACUCGGGAACGAGGACAAGGUUGAAAUGUAUCCAGGCUUCGAGGAGCCCAAACCAAUGGUCUUCGUCGGGGCCUUCCCCACGGAUCAGUCAGACUACACCAAGAUGUCCGAGAGCAUCAACCAGCUCGUCCUGAACGACAGGAGCAUCACCCUGCAGAAGGACCACUCAGAGGCCCUGGGCGCAGGCUGGCGUCUGGGCUUCCUGGGCAGUCUGCACUGCUCCGUCUUCCAGGACCGCCUGAGACAGGAGUACGGCGCCAGCGUCAUCAUCACCGAGCCCUCGGUGCCCAGCCGCAUAGUCCACGCAGACGGCAAGGAGGUCAUCGUGACCAACCCGGCCGAGUUCCCUUCGGACGACGAUCACAAGGCAAGAGCGGCCACCUUCUACGAGCCGUUCGUCCACGCCAUGAUUACGCUGCCAGAGGAGUACCUGGGCCGCGUGAUCGAGCUGUGCGAGGGCAGCAGGGGCGAGCAGGUCAGCAUCGAGUUCUUCCACGCCACUCAGGUGAUCCUCAAAUAUGACCUCCCCGCGUCGGCCCUCGUCGAUGACCUUUUCGGCAAGCUAAAGGGGGCCACAAAGGGCUACGCCACGCUUGACUACGAAGACGCCGGGUGGCGGGAGUCGCGACUGCAAAAGCUGCAACUGCUUGUCAACAAGAAGCCCGUCGACGCCAUCUGCCGCGUCGUGCACGCGUCCCAGGUUGACCGCCUGGGCAAAUACUGGACGGCCAGGUUCAAAGAGCACGUCGACAGGCAGAUGUUUGAGGUGAUCAUACAGGCCGCCGUGGGGAGGAGGAUCAUCGCCAGGGAGACGCUGAAGCCAUUCCGGAAGGAUGUGUUGGCGAAGCUACACGCUAGCGACAUUUCCCGGCGCAAGAAGCUGCUCGAGAAGCAAAAGGACGGCCGCAAGAAGCUGAAUGCUAUCGGCAAUGUGACCAUCGCGCAGGAAAGCUUUCAAAAGUUCUUGACCAAAUAG